AUGGUCCCGGACAGAGGUCCGGCCACCUCGGCCGUCACCAUUGUCAUAACAGUCCUGGCCACGGUUUUUGUCGCUGCUCGCUUUUAUACGCGGGUCUGGCUGGUCAGGUCUAUUAAACAAGAUGACUGGUGGAUCCUGGCUGCGUGGAUCUUUGCCGUAGGAUUUUCGACGUCAAUAUGCGUGGCUGUGAGAUUCGGCCUUGGGAAACACAAACAAGAUAUCCCCGACGACGCAUUCAGUGCGUUACGGAAGGCGGAAUAUGCCUUUGCUAUUCUCUACAACCCGUCCCUCAUGCUGACCAAAACCUCUAUCAUCGUCUUCUUCCUAUCGGUUAUGAGCAAGGAUGUCGAUCCUGUCUUCAAGUGGUGCAACUGGUUGACACUCGCAGUGGUCAACAUUACCGGAGCCGCCCUCACCUUUUUCAACAUAUUCCAAUGUUCGCCAGUCGCAGCGGGCUACCUCUACCCUCAACCCGAAAAUGCCAGUUGUACCGACAUCGUUACACUGUAUCUCUCUUCAGCGCCUCUGAACAUCAUCACCGACAUUGCCAUUUUAUUCCUUCCAAUGCCGAUCCUGACCGGAAUGCGAUUGCCUCGGAAACAAAAGAUCAUCCUGGUUGCAACUUUCUCCUUCGGCGCCUUUGUCGCAGUCGUUGACGUUAUUCGCAUUGCAUACCUGCAACAGGCUUCGCUCAAUCGCCUAAAAGUCGUCGAUGGCGCAAGUGGAAGCCCAAGCCGCAUCGUCGAAGACAACGACUUCUCCUGGUAUGCCAGUCUGAGCUUCAUGUGGUCGGCCGUUGAAGUCUGCAUCGGCAUCAUUUGCGCAUGCGUACCCAGCUUAAAACCUCUGUUUGCUCGCUUUCUGCCGAGAUUCAUCAGAGAUGUUGGGGACGAGUUGACGUCCAGCAACAGCAUUGACCUGGGGAAAUCGAAUGAAAGCGGUCCACCAACUGAUCUGCCCAGAGGCAAUGUGUCAAUUCUCAACAACCCAGCUGCUUUCAGACGACCUGUUGUCAAGGAAUACUCUGGAGAUGAGGAGGGUGGCAAGAUGGGAUUUCUGAACUUUCUGGCUGAGCCGAACGAGGAAGAACAUGCCGGACCUUCGUUGUCAAACACCGCAAAGCUCUCGCGAAGAGCAACGGACAGAAGUGCCGUUUCGGAUUUCGGAUUUGUGAAGAUGUCAGGAAAACGAAAUAUGUUAAAGCUGUCCAAUCGACAAAGCGCUUGGCCAAUCGCAGUGGUUACGAUCGUCUUUUUCCUGUGGGGAUUUGCAUAUGGGCUCCUGGACACUCUCAAUUCACAGUUUCAAACUGCGGCCAAAGUCUCGACGGGCAAGGCAUUGGGUCUCCAUGCGGCAUAUUACGGAGGCUAUUUCGCGGGACCUUUGACGCUGGGUCACUUCAUCUUUCAACGAUAUGGCUUCAAAGCUGUUAUGAUUGCAGGCCUGGCCGUCUACGGAUGCGGAACUCUGGUGUUCUGGCCGUCGGCGGUCUUGCUUUCGUACUCAGCAUUCGUGGUAUCCAACUGCAUUGUCGGAUUCGGCUUGUCGUGCUUGGAAAUUGCGGCCAAUCCUUAUAUCGCUCUUUGCGGGCCCCUCGAGUAUGCGGAGGUCAGGCUCAACCUCUCGCAAGCCUUUCAAGCCAUCGGCACAGUCUGUUCCCCGCUUCUGGCAACUAAGGUUUUAUUCAAGAGCGUGAACAAUGCCCCUUCUCUUGUGGAUGUGCAGUGGACAUAUCUAGGCAUCGCUUUGUUUGUCUUUGCGUUGGCUGUUGUCUUUUACUAUGUCCCGCUUCCUGAAGCUUCCGACGAACAGCUGCAAGAGCUCGCUGAUCAGCGUCAUGUGGCAUAUGCCGCCAAAAUUGGUCCUUGGAAGGUGAUAUAUGUGACGCUCGGGCUCGCCGUCUUCAGCCAAUGGUGCUACGUUGGUGCGCAGGAAUGUGUCGGGAACAAUAUUCAGGGGCUAAUCAAGCACGUACUGCCGCAUUCAAGUCUCCAUGCAUUCGACUUCCAGACCGUGGGUCACACUGUCUUUGCGGUUGGACGAUUCGUGGCCGCUUUUCUCAACUACGUGCUGAAGCCCAGGUGGAUUUUGAUGGGCCUUUAUGCGGGCCUCGUCGUCUGUCUGGCUCUUACCAUGCAUCUAGAUGGAGAUGCUGCAGCCGCCAUUGGGAUGCUCACCUUUUUCUUCGAGGCCGGCAUUUUCUCGAUCAUCUUCGCCAUCGCAAUGCGUGGACUCGGCAGGCAUACAAAAGUUGGGUCUGCACUUAUGACGGCUGCAAUAUCCGGCGGGGCCGUCUUUCCACCUAUUCAGUGGGUGGUUCAAAACGGUCACGACCCAAGAUACUCGUACUGUGUUCCGUUGGCUGUUGCUGUAUCUGGAAUGUUGUUCGCGAUUUACCUGAAUCUGGUUCCGAAGGCCCGAACACAAGUUGAUCCAAUGCACGGAAAUCGGGCCAGACGACGCGCAGAAGGCGCUAUGGAUCACCGAAGCCCCGGCAUCGAAGAAGACGAAAAGUCCCAACAGUUUGGCUUAUCAGGUAUAAUUGCGCGACGGAAACGGAAUCAGCGGUCGGAGUCGCCAUCUGUGGAACAUAUUGAACGGCAGAGCACGAACCUGGACGAGACGCCAAACUCUCCAGUGCUUGCGAUGGACUUUGCGGAUGAGAAGAACUGCUUCCCCAAACCCAUGCCUGCGCAAACCCGGCAAUCCAAAGGUCAUGUCGCAGAACUGGCCCUGUGGCCUGUGGAUGAGGACGCAUCCGAAGCCAGUGGCAGCAGCAGCAGCGCUAGUGGCCAGCUGGGCCCCGGUGACCGCAUGCACGCGGGCUCUGGUAUCACAGGCCCCGCAAACAUUGAUGAAAUAAAUGUGAUCAGUCGUCGACAGCGGCCGGCCUGGGAGGAGCACGGCCAGGAUGAUGAUAUUGAUGACUAUCAUGCGAUGAUGAGGAAGUUGUGAAGAAGACUCCUCACCGAGAGCUAAGGUGGGUAUUGUGUAUUUGGCUAUAGUACUUGUUUCUUUUACUGCGUUCAAGCGAAAUCAAUUGGCGGAGGCUAGUUGCUUGGUUUGAAUACCGCACGGAGUCCCGAGGACAAAAUCGGUUGAUAGCAGCAAUGCCAAAACUUCCUCUCC